UUUGGUGCGUGGUGCGCGUGCUGCGAAAAAAGGUUUUUGAAAAAUAUUUUCGUGGUGGAAGAAAAUAAUCGAUCCAUUUGUGAAUUGCGACGCUGAAAAGCGUACGAAAAAGCGCGUGAACCAUCUGUGGAAUUGUUGAGUUGGCGGAUUUUCGCUGCUUUGCACUGUUGGCUUGGGCAAGAUAUGUAAAUACAGCCACUUGUCUGCUACACUUUUGAACCACUACAAAAAUACACCGGACGACGCUUGCCUUGAGACCGCCAAACCAGCCAGUUCAAGAUGUCUCGCUAUCCGCAUGACGCCAAGGUUUAUGUUGGUGAGUUAGGUAAUAACGCCAGCAAGCAGGACAUCGAGGAAGCGUUCGGCUAUUACGGACCACUGCGGAACGUUUGGGUCGCUCGCAAUCCGCCGGGCUUUGCCUUCGUGGAGUUCGAGGAUGCGCGCGACGCGGAGGACGCGGUGCGCGGACUCGAUGGACGCACGAUCUCCGGUCGCCGUGCCCGAGUAGAGCUGUCCACGGGCCGUGGAGGGCGUGGUGGCGGCGGUGGUGGUCGCGGUGGACCGCCGCGCGGGGGAGGUAAACCUGGCGGCCGGUUCCAAUCGGAUGACCGGUGUUACGAGUGUGGCGGUCGGGGCCAUUUCGCUCGUGACUGCUCGCGUCGUCGAGGCCGCAAAAGAUCGCGUAGCCGCAGCCCCCGGUCACGAUCUCGCGAGUUAAGAACGCGCUCGCAGAGCUACAGUCGGUCGCGUAGCCGUUCCCGCGACCGUGGAUCGCGGACAAAGACGACACCGAAACGUGCCGCACCCAACAACCGUUCGGUGAGCAAAUCACCCCGUCGCCUGUCGAGAAGCCCGUCAAGAAGUCGCUCGCGCACUCCCAAGCGCUCACUGUCACGCUCACAGUCGCGCUCCGUUUCGCGAUCCCGUUCUCGUCAUCGUAACGGGGAUCACGAUUAAGCGAUUCCCGAGCAUGCAGUAAGAGUACCUCUCUGUUGUGCCCUCGCCAGGCCGCACAUCUUCACCAGUACUUCUUGGUUAACCAACAAAGAAAGAGUAGCAUUGAUGGCGAAAAAGAUGAAAGAGAACUGAAAGGAUCGAUGUGCAGCAGAUGGUGGUAAUUAACGGUAGGACGUGGAUGCGAUAAGUUCUGAAUUUCCGACUGCAUAGACCAAGGGGGAGACAUCCGCAUUCAAACUUAACGUAACACAACGAGAUACGAAACUGAAGGAAGGUUACAGACCACCGAGUAAAGGAAUGAAGUAGAUCGAAUAGCGGAAUAGUGCGGCCUGUGAGAGGGGUACAUCCUGCAGCAGAGUAGCGGCAGAAAUUGUAUCGUAUAGACAAGGAGCAAAGCGUCAUCGGCUAGGAUUUACAGAUUUAGCUCGUAAGAAGCUCAGAAGUUCAAACAAACCCUACUACAAACGACAGUUUCAUCUCAAGUGAAGUAGCACCACAUUUUGUCAAACGUUUUCAAGUAACGUGCGUAGGUAACAUUUCAUUCGUCGAGCGUGUAUGUGUGUGGUGUGGUGUGGUUUGUGUUUGUGUGCAUGUAUGUUAGUAUUUGGUCUCUUGAACAUCGUUGAAGCCGCUCCUUCUGGCUAUUAUUUCAACAUACAACUCACAGAUACGACAGCACGGGCGAGUAAUAGGGUAAAAUUAUUUUACAAAUUUCUGACGCCACGGCGUACGUGUCCUGCACACCUCAUAGGAAAUACGAUUACACACUGACUAGUAGGGUACAGCCAAAACCACUGAUAACACUAAACUGCAGACAUGGACUACUACAGAAUAAUGGACACAAGCGGUUUUAAUUUUCGUUCCGUUACCUGAAUGCCUCGGAGGAGAUGACGACGGCAGAGAGAAGAAAAGAGCAGGAGGGGUAGAACGAUGGAGUACGUCGAUCUCAUGGAUUAACACGGUAGACGGAACACAGUUAUUACAACAAGCUGCAUUUUUUUUUCACUUGGAUUUGGUAUCUACAACAUGUACUUUUUGAUGACGGGACAGAGCGGUAGCGGUAGGAAGUAAGCGAAUAAAUGAAUAAAUUGAAAUCCGAAUAAGA